AUGGAUGUUACUCAGGUGUUGGCGAGUACCCUGUCGCCAGAUGCGGCGACACGUACGAAUGCCGAACAGCAGCUCGCCCACGCUGCGGAGGUUGACUUUGCCGGCUACCUCACCACCCUGGGCCAAGAAUUGGCAAACGAAGCCUCCCAACCGCACAUCAGAACCGCCGCCGGUCUUGCGCUUAAAAACACUUUCACCUCUAGAGAUUUGGCCACACUACGCGAAGUGCAAGGGAGAUGGAUUCAACAAAUCACCCCCGAAAUCAAGACUCAGGUUAAGGAACUUGCUCUUAAGACAUUGACUUCCAAGGAUGCCCGUGCCGCCACCUCCUCCGCUCAGUUCAUCGUCUCCGUCGCUGCCAUCGAACUGCCCCGCAAUGAGUGGCCGGAACUCAUGAACACCCUCGUUCAAAACGUCGCUACCGGUUCCGAUCAACUCAAACAGGCUUCCUUGAUCACUAUUGGGUAUGUCUGCGAGUCUCAGGACCCCGAGCUCCGGGAAAGCCUUGCUGCCCAGUCCAAUGCCAUCCUCACCGCUGUCGUCCAGGGUGCCCGUCGCGAGGAGCCCAACAUGGACGUGCGGAAUGCCGCAAUCACUGCUCUUGGUGAUUCUAUCGACUUUGUUCGGACCAACAUGGACAAUGAGGGUGAGCGGAAUUACAUCAUGCAGGUCGUCUGCGAGGCCACCCAGGCCGAUGAUCUCCGUGUCCAGGCCGGUGCCUUUGGCUGUCUCAACCGUAUCAUGGGGUCGUACUAUGAGAAGAUGCGCUUCUACAUGGAGAAGGCUCUGUUUGGUCUCAGCAUUAUGGGUAUGAAGAGCGAGGAGGAGGAUGUUGCCAAGCUUGCCAUCGAAUUCUGGUGCACAGUCUGCGAAGAGGAAAUUGCGAUCGAAGAUGACAAUGCUGCGGCUCAGGCCGAAGGUGUUACGGAGAUGCGCCCCUUGUUUGGCUUUGCUCGUGUCGCAUGCAGAGAGGUUAUUCCCGUUCUCUUGCAGGACAUGUGCAAGCAGGAUGAGGACGCUGGCGAGGACGAGUACAACAUUGCUCGCGCCGCCUACCAGGCUCUACAGCUCUACGCUCAGUGCGUUCAGGGUGAGGUGAUGCAGCCCGUUUUGCAGUUCGUCGAGGAAAAUAUUCGCAACGAGGAUUGGCGCCGUCGUGAUGCCGCCGUUGCCGCCUUCGGUGCCAUCAUGGACGGUCCCGACCCCAAGAUCCUGGAGCCCUUGAUCAAGCAGGCUCUGGGUGUUCUCAUUGGUAUGAUGGAGGACAGCUCCGUCCAGGUUCGCGACUCGGCUGCUUUUGCCUUGGGUCGUGUGUGCGACUUCUGCUCCGAGACUCUCGACCCCGAGGUUCACCUCCAGCCCCUGAUCUCUUGCCUCUUCAACGGUCUUGCCAGCACUCCCAAGAUCGCCAGCUCUUGCUGCUGGGCUUUGAUGAACGUUGCCGAUCGCUUCGCUGGUGAAAUUGGCGCACAGACCAACCCUCUUUCGAGGCACUUCCAGGAGAGUGUCAAGUCUCUCCUGACUCUCACUGAGAGACAGGAUGCUGACAACCAGCUCCGCACUGCUGGAUAUGAAGUUCUCAACUCUUUCGUCACCAAUGCUGCCAACGACAGCCUGCCCAUGGUUGCCACUCUGUCGGAUGUCAUGCUCCAGCGUCUCGAGCAGACCGUCCCCAUGCAGGCCCAGGUUGUCAGCGUCGAGGACCGUAUCACCCUGGAAGAGAUGCAGACCAGCUUGAUCAGCGUUGUUCUUGCCAUUGUUCAGCGUCUCGAAACCGAGAUUAAGCCCCAGGCCGAUCGCAUCAUGCACACCAUGCUUCAGGUUCUCACUACUGUUCCUCCCAAGUCGAGUGUGCCUGAUGUUGUGUUCGCUACUGUUGGUGCUAUUGCUGGCGCUCUCGAAGAAGACUUCGUCAAGUACAUGGAGCCUUUCAGCCCCUUCCUGUACAAUGCUCUUGGCAACCAGGAAGAGCUCGGUCUCUGCUCCAUGGCCAUUGGCUUGGUUAGCGACAUUGCACGCGCAUUGAACGAGAAGGUCCAGCCUUUCUGUGACACCUUCAUGAACCACUUGCUCAACAACCUCCGGAGCACCGCCAACCAGCUCAAGCCUGCCAUCCUCGAAACUUUUGGUGACAUUGCCCAGGCUAUCGGAACUCAGUUCGACACCUAUCUACCUGUCGUUGCUCAGGUUCUCCAGCAGGCCUCUACCGUUACCACCAGCGCUGAUAUCACUAUUGAAAUGCUCGACUACAUCAUCUCUCUCCGUGAGGGUAUCAUGGAUGCCUGGGGUGGUAUCCUCCUGUCCUACAAGGGCACUCCUCAAGCGGUCCAAUUGCAACCCUUCGUUGAGUCGAUCUUCCAGCUUCUUCACAUCAUCUCGCAAGACCCUGGCAGCCGGAGUGAGGGAUUGAUGAGAGCAUCCAUGGGUGUUGUUGGUGACCUCGUUGAUGCUUUCCCCAACGGCGAGUUUGCUGGCUUCUUCCGCCAGGACUGGGUUACCGCCCUUGUUCGGGAGACCAGGACAAGCCGCGAGUAUGGUCCUCGCACCAUCGACACUGCUCGGUGGGCUCGUGAGCAAGUCAAGCGCCAGGUCAACAUUGCCACUGCUGCCAUGUCAUAA